ACCAUAACACGGAAGCAGUACACAGACAGUAGGGGGGCAGGAAAAGCACGGACAGGCAGGCAGGUUAAACCAAGUAAAAAUACGAACACAUAGAGACAUUAGGGAGGUGAAAAAAAGCGCAGGCAGGUAGACGGACAAACAGAUACAGGUGCAAAGCGAGCAUCAUGGCGCUGAUCCCCUCGCAGGUUCUCCGGGUCGCCAUCCUGCUGUCUUAUUUCUCCAUCCUGUGCCACUACAAAGCCUUAGACAUGCCGGCACACCAGACCUACGGAGGCAGCUGGAAGUUUCUCACCUUCAUCGACCUGGUGAUCCAGGCGGUGUUUUUCGGAUUGUGUGUCCUGAUCGAUGUGUCCAGUCUGCUGACUAAGGGAGGCGACAGCAGGGAGCAGGAGCGGCAGCUGAGAAAGCUGAUUGGCCUGCGAGACUGGAUGAUGGCCGUCCUGGCCUUCCCUGUCGGAGCGUUUGUGGUGUUUACUUUCUGGAGCCUCUACCUGUAUGACAGAGAACUGGUCUACCCCAAAUUACUGGACAACUUCAUUCCUCAGUGGCUCAACCACGGCAUGCACACCACUGUUCUUCCCUUCAUCAUCAUCGAGAUGCGGACCACCCACCAUCGGUAUCCCAGCAGGUUGUGGGGUCUGGCGGCAGUGUGCUGCUUCGGUGUGGGAUAUAUCCUCUGGACAUGUUGGGUGCACCAGGUGACAGGCGUGUGGGUGUACCCGGUGCUGGAGCGCAUCGCACCCGUAGCUCGAGUCGCCUUCUUCAGUGCAAUGAUGGCAGUAAUUGGUGUCUUCUAUGUCCUCGGAGAAAUCCUCAACAGCUACAUCUGGGAGAAACCACACACAGAAAAGGUCAAAGGUGAGUGAUCUUCAGAAUCAUUUCAGAGGACUGCUCCUGCCCCGCGCUCACAGGACAGCACCAGAACACAAACAAGCGACAUCUCUGGACGUGGAAAAGACACGUACUUUUUGAACUCUAUCCAUAACAUUACGCAGUAAAAAGAAGAAGACAGAUGCAUCAUCGAUUAAAUGUAAAUAAGGAAGAAAAAAAGGUAAUGAAUGAGAGCUCAUCUUUUUGUUUGCUUUCUUUCGUUUCCUCAGAAGCGAAAGCUAAGCAUCCAUCCUGCAGAUCAAGGACAAAACAUGGACGAAAUAUGCACAUACAUACAUCUUCAUAAAACAUAGGACAUCAACUCUGACAUGCAGCAAACACAUGUAUGUAACACAUGUAUGCAGGGAAAGGAAACACACAUUAAUGGGACUUGUUUUUGUGGAAUGAGCACAUUCAAGUGAACAAAUUUCUUUAUUAGCUUCUUCAUAAUGAUUGAAAACCAGUGCUGUGUUGAAGAUUAUUAUUAUUAUUAUUAUUAGUGCUAUUCAUCCUGCGCUCUCACUACAUGUGUGAAAGAAACUAGAGGUCGGUAAAUUAUCAAUAAAGUCUGAUUUAAAAAUA